UCAUUUUUGUACUUGACGUUUUAUCAAUGCCAGCUUCUUAUUCAAACCUCACAGUUCGAUAAGAGAGAGAAUCUAGAGAGAGAGCUUCUACCAGAGGGCGAAGCCGAGAAAAGAUAACCCUAGAAGAGAGGAAGAUUGCUCGGAUUCCAACUCACAACCCUUUCCUUAUUUUUAUUUCGAGAUCUAUCUCGAUCCUUCGUUCCAAAGGGAUUGGUUGUGCUUAGGCUAUGGCAAAUUCCAAGGGGUCAUCAAACAUCAGAAAUUUGAUGUGCUCUGGAAAGCAUGCUCUACUUCCUCCUAAAAGUCCAUUUCCCAGUGUUACCCCACCAUAUGCUGAUUAUGUCCCAAGUCCUGCUGUUGGAUCAAAAUCUCUUCAGAAGCAUAGAGAGGGAAAUGUACACCACCAACGAACUUCCUCUGAGAACCUUCUCAUAGAGGAGCAACCUUCUUGGCUUGAUGAUCUCCUUAAUGAACCAGAAGCACCUAUUCGUAGAGGAGGUCAUAGGCGUUCAUCUAGUGAUUCCUUUGCUUACAUAGAUGUAGCAGAUGUUUCUAACUUAGAUUAUGCAGCACAGGAUGAGUACAAAUAUAAGAGUUUGAUUUCUGUACCUUCUUGGGGAUCUCAAGACUUUGAUCAUAUCAAAGAUGUGCAGCUUCCUUCACUAUAUGCAGACAUCAACUUGGCAAAGCUGAAGAAUAGGGCAUGGGAAUCAUCUUUGAAUGCUGUGGCUAACCCAAGCAGCCGUUCUGUCAGGGAUAACACCGUUCAUCAGAGUUCAGGAUCAUCAUGUUCACCACAGGAGGCUGAUGGGUUUCCAUCUACAACAAGCGAGAAGCAGGAUCAAUUUGAAUACAGUCCACAAGAUCCAAAAGCUUCUUCUGAAAGAAGGGAUGGAUCUCAUGCUAAGGCUUAUGCUUCCGAAACGGAUACAAAACGUGCUAAACAACAAUUUGCUCAACGCUCACGGGUCCGGAAGCUUCAAUACAUAGCUGAGCUUGAAAGGAAUGUACAAGCUUUGCAGGUAGAAGGGUCUGAAGUUUCAGCUGAACUUGAAUUUCUCAACCAGCAGAAUCUUAUUCUGGGCAUGGAGAACAAAGCCCUUAAGCAACGUUUAGAAAGCAUGACUCAGGAGCAGCUUAUCAAAUACUUGGAGCAAGAAGUAUUGGAGAGAGAGAUUGGGAGGCUACGAGCCUUGUAUCAGCAGCAGCAGCAGCAGCAUCAACAGCAACAGCAGCCAUCUUCUAGCCAUCGACGCACUAACAGCAGAGACCUAGAUUCCCAACUUGCUAGCCUCUCUUUGAAGCACAAGGAUGCCAAUUCUGGCCAUGACCCUGUAACUGGUCCACUCCGCAUAUAGGUCUGUGAUCUCUCCAGAGCUGUGUAUGUUUCCCCCUCUUGAUUGGCAUUGCCGCAUCUGUGACCAAAAUUGUUGUUUCCCUUGUGCUAAAUAACUGGUGCCCUCUCUCUGCCAGCUUUGCGCAUUUUGAUUCUCGUCUUUUCAUUCCAUUUUCUGCCUGUUAACAUAAUGUCCUCAUGUGCACCUGGUAGUCAUUGCCAGAAAAUUACUCAUUUCUGGCAGGUGACUUAUCGGAGGUGAUAACUCAAAACAGAUUUGAUGUAUCAGUCUGUCCUGUCCUCUAUGUUUCAGAGAUCAUAAUCCAUGAAAGUUUAUGCUCCAUUUUUUGCUCA